AUGCAUUGGAGCGCCAUUCAAGAUCUCCGAGAUACCGCACAACGUCUCCGGAAUGAGCUGCACGCGGUACGUGCUCUUGCUCAUCCAUUAGGCCACCGUGCCGCUGCAGCGGCCAGCUGGACCCCGAAGAUCAACAGCAGCAGCCCGUUGCACCUGAUUUUCAGCGUUUUGCCGCGUUUCCACAACACCCUCGGCUACGCCGACACGGCCGCCGUCGGCAUCCAAGUUGGCAUCGGCAAGCUCUGCGCGUGCUUAGCCGCGAUCCCCGCGAUCCUCGGCCGCCCGUCUUGCUCCGUCGGCAAGGCCUCGCUCUCCGCGGUCUUCCGGGUCCCGGGCCUCGUCUCUCGGGUUCCAGGGCCUCGCCUUGGCCGCCGCGCCAUCUCGGUGGCCGGCCGGGCCUUCCUGUUCGUCGACGGCAUCCUAUUGAACAUCGGGAGCGCCCUCGGCAUCAUAGGCACGGCGGGCCUUGCCCUCCCCAAGCGGGCCGCGCCCGCCCUGCAGGUGGUCUUCAUGCAGUUCGUCGCUCUCAGGAAGCGCGCCGAGGUCGGAGGAGGCGGGGGCGACAAUCGCGACCACCAGGCCAAACAUGCGCCUUGUGGCUACGCCGCUGGCGCACCGAUCGCAUUCGUGCAGAACGAGAACGACGGCCUUCACACUACCACAUAUCACCUGGUCCAAGCGUGCGCCCUCGUCUCGCAGCUCCAGCACUGGAUAGCUGGCUGCGGCGGCCCGGCCUGGGACCUGAUCCUGAUGGACCCAGCGACGGUGGGUCGUUACCUGGCCAAGCACGGCCAGUUCAUGUAUGACACAAUUAUGGGGAGCUGUCACGAUUUCGACGAGACGAUCAACGCGGUAAUGGCUGCCAAUCGAGCCCUCCGACACUGGCUCGACGCGGCCUGGGACAUCUCUUUCACUUGGGAGCAUAUCGCGCCGGGCUCGAACCACCAGGCUAUGCCAGAGGCGCUGCUGCUCGCGUCCGUGAGCUUGGCGCUGGCCUGGGGUUGGAUCGACGUGGCGGGUUGCCUGCUCCUGGGCUUCUUCGGUAUGGUGAGGCCGUUCGAUUUCUUGAGGCUGAGGUACCAGGACCUGGCACCUCAGGCAGUCAUGUCGCGGCAGCUGACGUCUGAGAACGCCGAGGAGGCGGCCCACGGCCUCCUGCGCGCGGGGCUCCACCCCGAGCCGCCGGAGCAGCGCCUGGAAGGGUACCUCCACCUGACGGGCCUGAUCGGCGCGUGCGCUGCGGUCCUGCUCGUCGCGUCGGUCGUGCUGCACUGGCCCCACUCCGGGGCGCUCGAGCCGACGACCCAGCGCGACCGGCUCCACGGGUGCUGGCGCGUGCACCGGCGGAGCGGCGCCACUGCCACGGAGGACGUGCCUGGCGAGCUCCGCGGUGCAGUUCUAGGCGCGGCCUCCGCGGUGCCGCCGCCGCGCACUUUGCAGCUGCCGUUCAUCGAGGAGGUGCCGAUGCUGAGCGACCAGGACGACGGCGCGAAGCCGGAGGGCGGCGACCCGCCUGCGGGCGACGGCCUCGAGCCACCCCAGGGGGCGCCGCCGCCGGCAGACCCGCCCGGCGCGGCAGCAGCCCAGCGGCAGGCCGACGCGGCCUCAGGGGGCGCGCCCGAGUUCCCGGCCGGCGGCGGCCCCGCCGCGGGCGCAGCGGUUGCGGAGGGCGCCGUGGAGGCCGUGAGCGAGCCGAGGGCGGCCGCGAGCCCGCCGGAGGCGGAGGCGGAGGCGAGGGCGGCCACUGCGCCACCGGAGCCGGGCCCACUCGAGGCUGCGGGGGCCGAUGGAGAGCCUCCCGGGGAGGCCUGCGAGGUGUUCCCGGGCUGGCGGUUCGGUUACCCCGGGCCUUGGUCGGAGUUGAGCAUCGCAGGCGUUGCGUACGGCUGCGUCGUGGAGGAUUGGUUCGCGUGUCUGGCCAUGUGCGAGCAGGAGCUAGCGUGCAAACAGGUCGUGUUCAUGAAACUUUCUUCGACCUGCUACGCCACAUCCGACCCAGGAUUCGAGGACACCGACGGGAUCGGCGGCCACAAUUUCGGCUUCGUCUCUGCGCAUUGCCGCGUGACCACCUCGACCUCGAGCACCACGAGGACGCGUACCAGCUCCACCACGACGACCCUUACGACCACCACUGGCACGCGCACCAGCACCACCAUCACGACUUCCACCAGCACAACGACAACCACCACCCUUACAACGACCAGCAGGACUACCUCCACGAGCACAUUCACGGAGACCACGUCGACCACGUCAACGACGAGGACAGCGACCUGGACUGGCAGCUUGCUCAACGCGAUCCCUUCAGUGCUUGGUCCCGUAGUGCCAGCGGCGACGGCUGCUGCAGUGGACUCCGACGAAUGGCCCCAGGGCCCACCCGGCGGUGGCUCCAUGUUCUGCUUCGCCGUCUUCGCCCCAUGGACGGUCGAGCCCGCCCUCCUGGAGUCGCAGGGCGCGGCCCGCACUGGCAUCUUCGCGUGCGACGACUGCGCCAUGUACAGCAACCCCGCCCCGCAGAUCGUGGCGGGCAUGCAGGUGGAGCUGAUCGACAUGGACAUGCACGUGCCCAAGGGGGGAAGGUGGAACACGUACUUGAACGCGCCCAUGUUCUCAGUGGUCUGGGACCUCGUCAUUAAGGACGGGCGCUGGCGGCGGCACGAUUGGGUGGUGAAGGCCUGGGGGAUGCUUGGUUCCCUCCCCGAUUACCUCUCCUGUCCUGGCCUUCUGGACCUCUUGGCUGGGCCCCGCUCCCUUUUUCCUCCAUCUCUCAUCAUCUGCCUCGGCCUUGGCUCGGAGCUGGAGUACUCGCAAGAGUUCUCGCGCCUCGCGGACCAUCGCAUGACGGUGUUUGCGUUCCAAUUGCACAACACAUUGAAGGUUACAUUGGAGAGUUCGCUUAGGUCGGCCUUUGCGGCCGACCUGUCGGCCGCAAAGGGUCGGACGUCAAGGAAUUUGUCAGUAUUGGAUGCGUUUGGUGAUUUGAUCAUGAGCUGUAGGAUGCCUUGGAUCAUUCAGGCGGAUUUCCAGAAAGUGGCCGGCACCCUUGAGGACUGCGAGUGGACGGACCACGAGAUGCGCGACAUGGAGCACCUCUUCUCCCGCUUGGCUGAUUUCGACCGCUUGGCGGUCGCGCGGAAGAGGUUCGCCUCGCAGUGGUAG